AUGCAAACCGGUCACAGCCUAUACGCGCUUGCUUGGAGUCCUGACUCGGAGUCGGUGGUGGUGGGAGCCGGGCGCGAUCUAGCCAUCAAGGGUGUACAGGCAGGACGCAAGCAGCUGCGUUGGCCGGCACAUGAAGGCUUGGUGAUCGCUGUGGACUGGAAUAUGGUGAACGACCUGCUGCUCUCUGGAGGAGAGGAUUGCUCUUAUCGGGUGUGGGAUAGCUUCGGUCGUCAGAUGUUCCAGAGCGGAGGACUGGGAUACACGAUCACGUCUGUCAAGUGGUGCCCCAACGGGGAGACUUUCGCAGUGGGUGCAUUUAACACCCUUCGGCUGUGCGACAAGACUGGCUGGAGCCACUCCAGAGACAGGCCACAGAGCGGAAGCCUAACCAGCCUCACAUGGACCCCCGACGGAACGCAGCUAGCAGCGGCCGGCGGCAACGGUUCCGUGGUGUUUGGGCAAGUGAUUGAGCGGUCCCUGGAAUGGGAUAUUUUCGAGGCCACCCUUGUUAGCCCCUUCAAGAUCAAAGUGAGCGAUGUGGGCAGCGAAGUCGUGGAAGAGUUAGACUUCUCAGGGGGCAGGGUCGUCGAGAUGUCGCUCGGGUUCGGACAUCUCGUGGCGGCAACGCACAAUCAGGUGUUGAUCUACUCGGUAACCAACUGGAACACCCCGUACAUCCUGGACAUGAGGGGUGCCACUUCUCUCAUCGUGCAGGCGGCGACCCACUUCCUCACUCUCGACACGGCUCAGGGAGUGCAGAUUUGGACCUACGAGGGGAGACACGUGAGCAACCCCCGCUUCCAGAACCUUCGAGCGGACUACCUGAGCGGCCGGGCCAUCUCUCUCUCGGAGGAUGCGGUCGCAAUCCUAGAUCGCUCUUCCCCCAAGUGCGUCCGCGUGUGUGACGUGUCCACGGGCCGACCGCUGGUGGACGGAAGAGCCGCGGAGGUCGUGCACGAGUGCGAAGUGGAGGAAGUGUUCUUGAGUCAAUUCUCCAAGGGGCUGUCGGAGCGACGCCUCGCCUUCAUCGACAGGAACAAGGAGCUGUGGCUGUGCCCCGUCGUUCCAACCCCUGUGGGGAGGGGCUCCGUGCCUGCAAAACACAAGCUGCACACACAGGUGGAGAGUGCGGCCUGGAACGAUAAGGGUGACAUCCUCACGGCCAUCGCCGACGGCCGUCUCAUCACGUGGUACUACCCCAACGCCGUGGCCAUCGACCGAGACCUGCUGGGGCUAGCGUCAACGUCGAGAGACGCGGCGGAUUUCGGCAAGUCUCCCAGAGUAAUUUCUUUCUACGGUGCCAAGGUGAUGGUGAGAAGAGCGGACGGGGCUUUGCUGAGCGCGGCCGUGGCCCCUUACCCGGCCAUGCUCUACGCCUCCGUCCGGGGACAGCGCUGGGAAGAGGCCGUCCGACUCUGCAGGCAUGUAUCAGUGCUGGUGCAGAGCCGCGAGCUGUGGGCGUGUAUGGGGUGCAUGGCCCUCAACGGCAAGAACUUACAGCUAGCCGAGGAGGCCUUGGCCGCUAUACAGGAGGUCGACAAGUUGGAGUUCGUGCAGCACGUGUUGAAGGUGUCUAGCGAGGAGGGCCGAAACGCCGAGCUCGCUUUGUAUCGCCGGUGCCCAGAAGAAGCGGAGUCCAUCCUGCUCCAGGCGUCCCCGCCGCUCAUCUACCGCGCCAUCAAGCUCAACAUCCGCCUCUUCCGGUGGUCCCGUGCGCUGGAGCUCGCCGUCCAGCACAAGACCCACGUGGAUACCGUGCUGGGGUAUCGGCAGGCCUUCCUCAAGUCGUCGGGCAAGGAAGAGACCGACAAGAGGUUCUUGCAGUUCAAUUCCGAGGUGGCCGUGGAUUGGGAAGUGAUCAGCGCCAAGAAGGAGAAGGAGCGGGAGGAUGAGCACGCUAGGGCGGGUACCCGAAGAGGACCGUCGUCGGGCAUGGACCGAGAAAUGAAAUGAAAAUUUAUACCAGUCAAUUGCAAUAGGUUGCACCAGAAAACCGCAAGAGGUAUCACAGCUGGGGCAGAAACGCGGGUGGGUAUGCCGGGGUAGCCGACGACGACGGGCAUGGAACGGGAAAUGGUAUGAAAAUGGCCUGAGACAAGAGCGCACAACAGUAGUAGAACGAAUUAUCUCCUGUGAAAGGUAUCACAGCAGUAGAAACAAAGGUAGUGA